AAGGAUUGGCAGAGAGGGGUGGAGGACACUGCAUGGAGGCCAGUGGAGGGAUUGGUAGAGAGGGGUGGAGGACACUGCAUGGAGGCCAGUGGAGGGAUUGGCAGAGAGGGGUAGGAGGACACUGCAUGGAGGCCAGUGGAGGGAUUGGGGCAGAGAGGGGUAAGGUGGUAAGGUGGAUGAGCCUGGCAGCAGGAUUCAUGAUGGACUGGAGGGGGGAUAGCCUAUGUAAAGGUAUGCCAAUGAGGAGGGAGUUGCAGUAGUUGAGGUGAGAGAUAACCAGGGAGCGAAUUAGGAGCUUUUUGAUGUUGCGGAGGUUAAGGCGGCAUAAUUUGGACAGGGAUUGGAUGGAUGGGUUGGUGCUAUUGAUCCUGACCAAGAAACCAGGGAAGAGGCGCGUGGGGGAGGAAAUACGAGCUCAGUUAGAUUGAGUUUAGGAAGUGGUGUGACAUCCAGUCUGAUAUGUCUGUUAGUAAAUUGGUGAUACGUGAGGAAACUGAUGGGCUGAGCUGAGAAGUAGAG